AUGGCAGAGCACCCCGUCACAGACCCCGCCGAGGGAGUACAGUACCUUACCGAAGACGAGAUCAACUCCUUCCUCGACGACCUCGACCACAACGACGACGGCUACAUCGACUACGCCGAGGUCGAGGCGAAGCUCGACGCCGCCCACGACGAGCUCACGCCCUCCUCCCAGCUCAAACCCCACCACGUCAUCAAAAAGUCCCACGACUCCGCCGACGACCGCGUCCGCCAUGACUUUCUCCGAUCCAUCAUGGGCAUCUCCUCCCCCGGCGAGUCCGAAGACCCCCGCAAAAUCCGCAUCCCCCGCGCCGACUUCGCCGCCCGCGUCCGCGAGUGGAAGGUCCCCUCCCUGAGCCAGGACAAGGCCGCCGAGGACGAUGAACGCCACUACGUCCGCCGCCUGCGCCCUUGGCGCCGCUUCCGCGCCUACUGGGCCGUCCACGGGCCCGAGGUCGCCUUCCUCGCCCUCGUCGCCGGCCUCAUGCUCGCCUUCGGCGUCUGGCAGUGCGUCAAGUACGCCACCACGCCGGCGUACCGCGCCGCCUUCGGCUGGGGCGUCGUCCUCGCCAAGACGUGCGCCGGCAUGCUGUACCCGACCUUCUUCUUCCUCAUCCUCAGCAUGUCGCGCUACUUCUCGACCUUCCUGCGCCGCUCGUACCGCGUCUCGCGCUUCGUGAACUGGGACCUCGGCCAGGCGUUCCACGUCAAGAUUUCCAUCGUCGCGCUCACGCUGGCGACGCUGCACGCGAUUGGCCACCUGACGGGCUCGUUCUACCACGGCAGCCGGCCGGGCAACCAGGACGGCGUCGCGGCGGUGCUGGGACCGGAUAUGGUGCCCCGGCCGUACGUCGAGUACGUUCGCUCGCUGCCGGGCUUCACGGGCAUCACCGCGCUGGGGCUGUUCUACGUCCUCGCGCUGUGCAGCCUGCCGCCGGUGCGCCGCUGGAACUACGAGCUCUUCCAGCUCUCGCACCUGCUGAUGUAUCCCAUCAUCGGGCUGAUGAUGGCGCACGGCACGGCGGGGCUACUGCAGUGGCCCAUGUUCGGCUACUUCCUCGCCUUCCCGACGCUGCUCAUCCUCACGGAGCGCCUGGUGCGCGUCGGCACGGGGUUCCAUCGUAUUCCGGCGGCGCUCAAGGUCCUAGACGGCGAGACGGUCGAGAUCACGGCUACGAUCCCGAGCGAGCGGAUCUGGAGGUACCAGGCGGGACAGUACGUCUUCCUGCAGGUGCCCGCGAUCAGCGCCUUCCAGUGGCACCCGUUCACCGUCUCCAUCUGCAAGGGGAGGGAGUUCCAGCUACAUAUCAAGACGGACGGCAACUGGACGAAGAGGCUGCGGGAGCUGGGCGGCGAGACGGGGGAGGCGCGCAUCGAGGUCGGGAUCAAUGGCCCCUUUGGCGCGCCGGCGCAGAGGUUCUACGACUUUAGGCAUACCAUCAUCGUGGGCUCAGGCAUCGGCGUCACGCCCUUCUCCGGCAUCCUGGCCGACUUACAAGCCCGCGACGACGAUGAGCACGGGGGUCCAACGCACGCCGCCGGCCAGCAUCACAACCAUCAACACCGCCACGACUCCGAGACGACCGUGACCGCGCCCGUCCACGACGAGAAGCAAGUCCCCAACAACCUCGCAAAGCCACCGCCGCCCUCGGGAUCGCACUCCUUCGCCCCGGACUACCGCCGCGUGGACUUCCACUGGACGGUGCGCGACAGGAACUACCUGCUCUGGAUCGCGGACCUGCUCAACGCCGUCUCGCGCAGCCAGGCGUGGCACCGCGCGCACGAGGGCGCCGCGCAGCACCUCGACAUCCGCAUCGCGACGCACGUGACGCAGAAGCGGCGCGACAUCGUCACGCACGUGUACCGCUGGCUGCUCGAGAUGCACCGCACCGAGGAGCACCCGCGGUCGCCGCUGACGGGCCUGCUGAACGCGACGCGGUUUGGGCGGCCGGACUUUGAUGCGGUGCUGGAUAGGCACUACGAGGAGAUGCGGCAAUUCCGGGCGGCGCGCAGGCGGCCGAGGAAGGGCGGCAGGGAGGGCGGCGGCGGAAAUGCCUGCGAGGGUGGUGGCGGGCUUGGCGACGGGUCAAACGCGGGAACGGACGUCGGAGAGAAAAAUAGCAGCGUGGAUGGCACUGUGGACGGGCAAAGGGCAGACGACGACGUCGGCGUCGGUGGUGUUGCAGGCGACGGCGCUGUAGCCAAUGGGAGGGAUGGCGGGCAUAUGGAUAGGGAUCGGGGGGGUAUGGAUGGGGCGAGCAGCCGCGUGGGAAGAAGGGCCGUCGCAGAUGAGGCAGAAGACGCCUACGACGACGCCGAGGAGGAGGACGAAGAGAUGAAGGUCGGUGUGUUCUACUGCGGAGCGCCGGUUGUCGGGGAGAUCCUGGCGGACAAGUGCCGGCAGCUCACGGUGCGGGGGCGGCACGACGGGAGCAAGAUUGAGUACCACUUCAUGAUUGAGGUCUUUGGGUGA